AUGGAUUUUAUCACGGACAACUACAGUCCCCCCACCUCGAAGAUCUCCGAGUUCCCGUGCGAGGAGUGCACGGAGAGCGUCGGCAAGUACCGCUGCCCGCGCUGUAACCGCGUCACCUGCUCGUUACCCUGCUGCCAGGCGCACAAACAGCGCCACGGCUGCUCCGGCCGGCGGGAUCGCGCGGCCUACAUCAAGCGCACCGACUACGACCUCCCGCAGCUCUCCUCCGACAUCGCCCUGCUGGAGGAUGUGGCGCGCGUGACGAGCGGCGCGUACAAACGCAUGCGCAGCGUGGACCCCAUGGCGCACAAGGAGGUCCUCGUCCUCGAAGCCAACCGCCGCGGCGUCGAUCUCCGGCUGCUGGCUGAGUGGUUCCCCAAGCGGAAGGAGAACCAGACGUACUACCACGGGAAGAAGAUGUUCUGGACGGUGAGGUGGCUGGUGGAGCUGGAUCAGAACGGGACGCAAAUCGAAAUCCUUAAACACCGCUCCGCGGAUUUCAACCCGCUGGUGGAUUUACUAAAAUCCCUUCCCAAUGCCAAAUCGCUGUCGGAAGAGCAGCGCUCCCAGUUGGUGUCCCUGCUGAACGAUCCCGCGCUGCAGCCCCGCUUCGUCCUGCAGCUGGACCCGGCCUACACACGCCCCCAGCAUCUGUCCUGUCCGCUGGACGGACAGCGCCGGUUGCGCCAGUGUUUAGGCGGCAAGAUCAUCGUCGAGUAUCCCACGUUCCACGUCUCCUUUGCGCCCAAACAACCACCAGAAAACACCGCAAUCACAGAAGCAAAUUAA